UUUUAGGAUGGAUUGAGGGACAUCCAGUCUGUUCAAGUGAUUUGUUCAGACAAUGAAUGAAUGAUGAUUUAUUUAGACAUAUCAAACACCUCUUAUGUUAGUCACUCGGAAACAUCCUCCCAACAGAAUGCCCAUACAGCAGCGUGGUAGAUCAGCUCUAAAAGAUCGUUGUGUUGUUGUGCUCGGUGAAUUCUCGGAGGUGUUUGGACCACUGGCCUUGAAAAUAAUCCCUGAUGAUAUUGAGAAGAGUACUCGUGAGGAAAUCAGCAACUUUAUCGUGCAAGUGAUGGCAGUGGACUACACAGGAACCCACGCGGGAGUACCCACCUACUCCCCAGCUGAUACCUCGUUGUUGUACCAGCAGACAAAGUCACACAUAUCCGCUCUCGUUCAUUAUUUUAAUCUGCACGAUGUCAAGGCGAGAGGGUACUCACGGAUAUUCACCCUCUCUUUCAUAACUCUAUCACCUGACUGUCUGUUUCCGAAUGUAAACACCAUCAAAUCUUGCUUUGAGGAUAUCUCCAAGGUGUGCCACGACGAAAAUCUCUUGAUGUUUCAUUCAGAAAUGCUGGACAAGAAAGUUCAUUUUGCUAACGAUGUCAUUGAGCGUAGGCAGAUACAAUGGUGGUUGAACGAGAUGGAGAGGAUGUACUCACUACCGUCACCAGCCCCCGACUCCCCUGACAACCUAGAUAAAGUGGAAGGUACUGCUACUGAUGACAUCACUCUCAGACCCUUCUCAACCUACCCUGCUGGUGAUGCUGGACCCAAACUGGUCCAGAGUUGGAGAAGUUUACCUAGUUUACUAGAUCAGGAUCCGUCAAAUAAGUACGUGAAGCAUAUAGUGAAGGGUAAAAUACAGUGCGGAGAGGGAUCACUGCGGGGUAUUGCCGAGCUGGUUCCAAUUGCUUACUGUUACUUGCAGCGAUCCAUGGUUCAGCUCUACAAGAGCAAAGGUACCUGUGGUAGUUUAAAGAAACCUUGUGUUAAAGAGACACCCACGUUAGCGAUAGGACGAUACUCUAUACAGUUCCCAAGUCCAACUUUCACGUCUGGUGUAGAAGGAAUUGCUAGUAUAGACAAGUACGAGAUCAACUUUAAAAUUUUCAGAGUAACGCUUACGACAUACUGCUAAGUCCAAAACUGGAUUGUUCGCUGAAGAGUUCUGAUCCUUCCUUCAUCAGCGUCUUCACGGGAUCACCUCUAUCAAAUAAUAAGCAGCAAAAGUUGAGACAAUCAGUAAGCUGCAGUUCUCCGAAAACUAUAGAACUUGACUUGUUCCGGUUCAGACGAAUUCUCAAAAACAGUUACAGAGACUUUGUAUUCUCCGUUCUGAGUGGUCGACCUCUGGUGGUUAUAGGUAACGAGGAUGACGACAUGAGCUGCUCCUUUAAAAACGCUCUGUCUCUGUUCGUGACGUGUCCUCAUAGGGUGUGCCCUUUUGUCGUCAGUGAGUUACAGUUGGAAGAUCUGGGAAAGUACACCUUGAUUCAGUGUAAAAGGAACGCUACAACUAUCAAAAUGGUCGAAUGUUUCGCCCAGAGCGGAUUAUGUAGUGUGAUACACCACGAGAGACGAAGUGGUAAGGCUCCCAAGUACCGAGGAGAUCUUAUCCCGCGGAUCUGGGGAGAAGACGGCAGCAAGAACAGUGUCAGCUUCAGUGAAAGAACGUUGUUCAGCGUGGUUCAGUCAGGUCUUGUUUCUGAGCUAGCGUUCGAGCUCCUAGACAAAUAUUACUCCUUGCUACUUGACAAAGAGUGCUCAGUAGAAGCUGUUCUCGGAACAAGCCCUGAAGAACAGUGUGAUAAUCAGAUCUACAAGUUCCAGAUCCUUCUCCUCCUCAACCCCACCUCCUCUCUCCUCGCCACCUCCCACAACCUCAGCACUGAGUUCAAGUACUACUAGUCAUAGACAUAGAAAAUGUUCGUUGUUGAUUGAUCUCUAUUGGCUUUUAUCGAUGAAUGCUUAUAUAAAUGACAUUACUUCUUCGUUGAAUUGACAGAUGAUGAAUCAAUUUAGAAUUUCAACAGAAAUUUUAUUGUUGUUUUAACCUUCUUUAACUUGUUGGUGAUUGCUUUUAGAUACAAAAUUAUUAAUUAUAAUAUAGAUUGUUGACGAUUGUUGAUUAAGAUGCAUAAUUUCGUUUCAUACGUUUAGAUAUAAUAUCGAUUUGUAUCAAUUAAUUUAUUAAAUGUGCUGGCCACGAUGUUUUUAUUGCACGUUUUAACCAGAAGUACAGAUAUUUACCAUUUUGACCAAUUGAUUAAAUAGUCUACAUUAAAAUGUUCACCGCCAAUGUUUUGAAAACCUAAGUUUUACCUUUUUCAGUUACGUUUUAAACCAACUCGUCUGAUUUGGGGUGUUUUACUGUGAAUUUUAUCCGAUGAUAAAUAUUUCUAUUUUUGUAUGACAG